AGGGAAGCCCUCACGUCGGCGCCGCAAGAGGCACCCUAACUUAAUACUCCUAGAUCGCUGCCAUGGAACGCGACUCAAUGGCUCCCCGAGCUACUGCACUCUACACAAAGAGUGGCCAUUCCUCUCACCACCACUGCCCUCUUCCACAUCCUGCUGCUGCCGUAUCCGUCUAGUGCUGCGACCAACCACGCCGCACGAACCCGCCUCCGCGCCCUCGUCCUCGUGUCACAUUGGACUGCAAGUCGGUUCUCCUCUGCAUAGCGGCCUGCAGGCGUGGUGCAGCUGCUGCAGCAUACACUUCUGUGCGACAGACGCACCUCGACCAAACGGUCGUCCCGAAUACGCACGCUCGGUGCUGAACAGAACCUCACGGUGCCAGCAGAGACAGCCUCUCCAGCACCCAAUGCAUCAUGUCUCGGGCAGGGCAUCAGAGAGAAUACCACAUCGCCGUGCUGGGCUCGGGCGGUGUAGGCAAGAGCUGCUUGACCAUGCAAUUCGUGCAGGGCGUGUUCGUAGAACGAUACGACCCAACGAUUGAGGAUUCAUAUCGCAAGCAUAUCGACGUCGACGGCAGACAUGUGGUCCUGGAGAUCAUGGACACUGCGGGCACAGAGCAAUUCAAUCGCUCAGAGACAUGUACAUGCGACUCGGCCAGGGCUUUCUACUGGUCUUCAGCAUAACCUCUGCAUCCUCCCUCCGCGAACUCGUCGAGCUCCGCGAGCAAAUCGUACGAACGAAAAACGAUCCGUCGUUUCCCAUUGUCCUGGUAGGCAACAAAUCAGACCUCGAGGAAGAUCGAGCAGUGUCACGAGCAAAAGCAUUCCAGCUGUCACAGAGCUGGGGCAACAUUCCAUAUUACGAAACGAGCGCACGAAGAGCAACGAACAUCAACGAAGUCUUCAUAGAUGUCUGCAGGCAGAUCAUCAGGAAAGAUUUGGCAAAAGCAAGGCCGGAAGAUGGGGAUCGAAGACACCGGGAGCGCAGACGAAAGCAUCGAGAAAAUGGGGAUCAUCACGACCGUGAUCGUGGCCGCAGAGACAGAGGCGGCUCGAAAUGUACGAUACUAUGAUCAAACACAACGACGACAGUCUCGUCAGCACUCCAUGAUCGCAAGGUCGCAUGUCGGGUGAAGCUUCGAGGCUAUAAUGAUACACAUUACCCGAGAACCCGGUGUUUCGCAGAAUUUCUGCACCUACACCUGUCAGCUACACCUGUCAGGACCAACGCUUCUGACACGCCCACAAGUGCAUUUUCCACUGUGAGGUACAGAGGUGCUGAACAAAGGUGUAGGGCUUAUCUCGGUGGUGACAUCAGCAUCACAGACUGCACGCAAAAAGUCUGCAGGUGCUACAUACUAAAAGCAACUAGCGCUAGCAAAUACUGCAAGGGACAUCCAACA